AUGGGAGGGAGACUCUCGACAAAGCGCUGCGCUUUUCACUCUCGUGGCGACAAGGAAUCCAUAUUUGAGAGUUUACUGCAAUUUCCCAGAUUAAAAAUCACGGAUGAAUCUGAUCAGGAACUCGAAGAAUGGAUGAAACGCUUGUUUUUCACACCUAUUGACAAUGUGGCUUACGAAGCUAUAGAAAUCUAUAUCAAAAACUUCGUAAUCGACAAAUUACUUAAGGUUAACCUAAAACAUGGGCAUAUGUACCGGUACUGGGAACGUUUCACCAUUCUUUUAGAGCACGUGCUACGAUGCGACAAAUCCGAAGAAAAUGACGAUUAUAUGGAACAACAGUCCCAUAUAUCAGAAACAGGAUCAAAUAUUGACAUGCAAAUAGCAAUCGAUAAGGACCUUGAACAUCUACAGGGACAGACAUCCGAUGACCUUGAUACAAAAGAUGUCCCCCUUCCUACUGCGGCAUUUUACGAACUCAAACCAAAACGGUCAUCAUCACGUGUGGAACCGCCAUUGUCAAAAAUGGACAGCGUGAUUCAUAUCGAUCAAGAAGAUGCCACUCUAUUGGGACUAUAUGAGCGCGUACGCCAAGGUAAAUGUGCAAUUACACGAUGCUUGACACUCUUCGUAAUAUCAAGGAUGUUAAUGAAGUGUCUAAUGGAUUCAGUAAAUGCAGUGGAGCUACUGUUCCACAUGGACUAUGUUCCAUGCUAUUUGGAAUGGAGCUAUAAAGCAACCUUUAAAUUGAAUGCGGAAGAUGGGAUAAAUCUAGUCACAGAUGAUCCGCAGAAUUAUAUGACAUAUGGCAGUCAGGAUACUAACUUAUGGCACUCAAGCUCAAGUAAAACGUAUUCAGCUUUUGAAAGUAAAUCUUAUGAACAUCUAGCUGGAUCGGGGGAAGACGGAAGUUAUGUGAUGCCAGGGUCUGGAAGAUCGGCGGAAGCUCCAAUUAGACAAAAAGCAAAGGAUAAAAUGGAAAUUAACAGAACUGUGAGAUUAAGAUUCCCUGUUGAAGAAAACACAAUCAACACGGUUAUCACAGCAGGAUCAACUCUGAAGUCUAUUGAAGAGACCAUUGUGAAUGGUGCCAUGCUCGAAUGGUCCGAAAGUAGUAUUAAGGCACUACACCAAGGGUUUUGCUUCAUAGACCAUAAUAUGCAUAUAUUUUCAUUAAAAAGUUUUGAAGUAACAGUAUUCGAGAGGAAAGGCGUAUCCGAAUUCAUGAUCAUUCCUUUGUGUACCAUAGAUUAUGGAGGAUCAGGGUAUCCAUCACGGCUACGAAGGCUACUACUUGCGUUAUUUUCGUACACCACGGCUAAUAUAACGGCAAAGUCGGCCUUACAUGAUACCUUUCUCAAAGCAACACAAUCGAUGGUCUCUGAUGUAUUGAUUCUACUGCUAUCUAGCAUAGUAUUGGCGCCAUAUCUCAACACUUACCCAGGACCACCCAAAAUGGUCGAACUGCCGCCGAUGUUUUCAUGGGUUACAGAAAUACCAAAGAGUACCAAGUCAGUAGCCCCUUACUACUACAUACAUAUGGAUUAUUUGCGAUGGCAGCUAUUUUGCGAUGUACCUGGACGUGUAGAUCCCAUAGCGUUACAAUACAUUAUUGGGUAUUACUACAAAAAACAGGCGUCCAUGAAAUACUGCACAAUGGAGACAUUAAGGCUGGGAAUAGGGGAUCUAGGACCGGUGGCUACGGUGAAGUGCCUAAUACGGAUAUUCUCGGCAAAUUCGGAAAUUGGAUGUAAACGGCAUUUGUUAAAUCUGCGUAACCACGCAACAUUGUUGUUUUUGAUAUUGAUAGGGGCAAAGGAGAGGGGUGAUGCACUAUAUCUGGACGACAAAACUAACACUCAUCAACAAAAUUAUUCCAGUACCAUCGGCACAACGCAAAAUAUACCACCAUCACGUCUCGCAUCGAUAUUGGAAGAGGCAGGGGUAGAUGUGCCGGAUGUAAUAAGGAAUCAACAAACAUCGCCAAUGAGCGCUAUGUAUGCCAAAUGGUUGAAAGAAAACAUCCCGUCACAACUUAUGGCCACAUUGGCAAAAGCCCUUAAAAAUGUUAACGCAUCGAAAAUUUGCACUAACGAAUUGUGGCUGGUGUUAAUAUCUGUUCUUUCUAACGAUAAAAGCUUCACACUCACAUUCUAUGCCAAGCCCGGAUUAUUCAUCAAGGAAGUCAUCAACACCAUGAAAAGGCAGUCGGCAAUGUCUGGGGAAUAUGGCAAAUUUGAUCCUUAUCAUAAUAUGGAGCCGGUAUCGACAAAUAUUACGGUAACUAGAUCAACAUCGCUAAAUACUCUCACCAACAUUCUUAUCCACUAUGUGGUUCAGGAAAAGGUAACUGGCUUAUUUAUUGAAACUCAUAAUAUUCAGGAAAAUUGCGUAGAAGAGUCCACCUUCGAUAUUGAUCAUAUUGUUUCCGCCGCAAUCUCGGCCUUCGAGUGGUAA